GAGGAGCUGGGAGACGUCCUGAGAUCCAGGAACUGUGCUGGACGUUAUAGAAAACCUGCAGAUUUGGUUUGUAAACCAAGUGAAUGAAAAAUUUUGAACUGUUGCAGCCUGAUUCUCCAACCAGGUCUGGAAAACGGGACAGUACGUGAAGGCUUGACAAAUGCAUCCCAGGUUGAAAAACUGCUGCAUUCCUCCUCCUCUUCCUCCUUUAGAAAAUUGACUUCUUUAAAGAGGUAAGAGGGAAACAAAAGAAGUAAGAAAAUGCUGGGAUCAGAACGAGGUGUCGUGGAAGAAUGGCUGUCAGAAUUCAAGGCAUUACCUGAAACACAAAUUUCAAGCUAUGCAGCUACAUUGCACCGAAAAAAAACGCUGGUACCAUCUCUUUAUAAGGUCAUUCAAGACCCAAACAAUGAGCUCCUGGAGCCUGUUUGCCACCAGCUCUUUGAACUUUAUCGUAGUUCUGAAGUUCGGCUCAAGAGAUUCACACUACAGUUUUUGCCGGAAUUGAUCUGGGUGUAUCUGCAUCUUACUGCCAGCAGGGAUAGGCAGAGUAAUGGUUGCAUUGAAGCACUGCUGCUUGGCAUUUAUAAUUUGGAAAUAGCUGACAGAGAUGGAAACAACAGAGUUUUAUCUUUCACCAUCCCAUCGUUAUCUAAACCCUCGAUAUAUCAUGAGCCCUCUACUAUUGGAUCCAUGGCUUUAACUGAAGGAGCUCUAUGUCAGCAUGAUCUCAUCAGAGUAGUUUACAGUGAUCUUCAUCCUCAAAGAGAAACCUUCACAGCACAGAACCGGUUUGAGGUGCUGAGCUUUCUUAUGCUGUGCUACAAUUCUGCUAUUGUCUAUAUGCCUGCCUCUUCUUACCAAUCACUUUGUAGGAUGGGUUCCAGGCUGUGUGUUAGUGGAUUUCCACGGCAGCAUGAGAAACGCUGGAAAGAACACUGUGGUAGAGUGGUGUUAGACCCUGAAUUCAUGGUGCAGCUGCUCACGGGUGUUUAUUAUGCCAUAUAUAAUGGUCAAUGGGAUCUUGGCCAGGAGGUAUUGGAGGAUAUAAUUUACAGAGCACAGCUUGAAUUCUACUCACAGCCGCUGCUGGUUGCGAAUGCCAUGAAGAAUUCACUGCCCUUUGAUGCUCCUGAUGCAUCGCAAGAAGGCCAGAAGGUACUGAAAGUAGAAGUUACUCCAACAGUGCCGAGGAUUUCUCGGACUGCAAUUACAACAGCUUCUAUCCGUCGUCAUCGCUGGAGGAGAGAAGAUGGCUUUGACUUCUCAAACGAGGCUGACUCAAGCUUACCUGGCUCACCGAUCCAACACGGCUCCACAGACCUAGGGAUCAAACGUGAGCAAGAGGGGGAGGUGCUGAUGCGCAGGACCCCUGAGCAUGGCUUCCCGGAGCCCGCCUUGGCAGCAGCCACAACAGAGGAUACUGAAGGUAUAAAUGGAAGGGAGGACUCUGUGAACCUUAAUGAUGCUGAUGAAGGAUUUUCAUCAGGAGCUUCCCUUAGCAGCCAGCCAGUUGGGACCAAACCUCCAUCAUCUGUAUUCCAGAAGAGCAGCUUAAGGAAAACAGCAAGUGGGCGUUCUGCUAAGGAUAAAGAAACCUCUUCUGCAGCAAAGUCCAAUGAGAGCCCUCGAGAUUCAGUAGCUCGGAAGCAGUAUGUGAACCAGUCCACUGACCUUGGUGCAGAUAUAAUUGAGAUGACACCUACUAAAAAACACCUCAGCCUGCCUGCUGGGCAGGUGGUGCCAAAAGCCAACAGUCUGAGCCUGAUCAGGACCGCCAGUGCUUCCUCCAGUAAAUCGUUUGACUAUGUGAAUGGCAGUCAGGCAGGAUCCAGUGUUGGAGCUGGUACAGAGGGUGUUACCAAUCUAGCAGCUGGCAACACCAAUCGGUAUUCAACUAUCAGCCUACAGGAGGACCGACUAGGCCAAGCUGGGGAAGGUAAAGAUCUCCUUCCCCCAGGAGCUCCCCUAACCAAACAGUCUCGAUCUCCAAGUUUCAAUAUGCAGCUGAUAUCCCAGGUGUAACUUUGACUCCUUUCCUUAGGACUCCCUCUUUCCCCUUAAUCCCCAGGCAAGUUCACCCUUAGGCAAAACAUGAACCAUCAUCCCGCAGUGUGAAAAUACUGACUGUUGUGAUCUUGUUUGAUUUGAUUUAGCUACCAUACUGUAUCACUGAAACAGCAAUAAUUCUUCCCUCACCUUCAUCCUCCCCUCCACCUUGUCAACAUGGUUGUGAAGCAGUAUAUAAUGUACUGUAUGCCUUUUUCCAUGCCUUCCUUUCUCCUUGGGUGAUGUGCAAUCCAUCGUAGGCUGAUCAGUCCCAUUUCAACACUGUGAGACUGGAGACACUGGCGGAAAUGGUGAAUGUGAUCCCUAUGAGAUGAUGCUUUGGCGUUGUUAAGAAAUAGAAACGGGUUUGUUUUCUCGGUCUACAGUACUGCAAAGACUACUGGAUCAUGACUCUUCUUUCUCAGAACCAGGAGUGCCUCAGAGAUUCUAGUGUGACUUUGGACCUCUCUGAGUCUGUGCAAUCAAUUCUGGGGAGGGGAUUGUCAUUGCUGCUCCUGGCUGCCUACAGCACUUUUUUGAUUAAAAUGAGGGUAGUUUUAUCUUGCCUGCCCCUAGUCUCUCAUCCCAGAAGCUUUUGAUGUUCAGCAACCGAGACAUGCAUAUUAACAAGUUAUUUUCCCUCAGAGAGAGAAUUGUAAGUAGGUAAUGUAGGUUACAAUGCACUGCUAAUGGCGUUGUAGCCAUAUGUAAUGUUACGUGUCUUCCCCUUCAGAGCACAGGGUCAUUCUGCACCUAGACUAAAAUUUAGAGAACACCAUGCUGUUAAAGCAGUUUGGUUUGUAAGUGGGAGGGAAACGUUAUUUUCCCAGAAACUAACGGCUAGCUCUGCUCCAUUUUUGUUGUCAUUCUCGUGAGGUGCUGAUCACUGAAUUGAAAGGUGUAUUCGGGUAAAGAGUAUUUCUCAGGCUGCUUUGUAUGAUAUCAUGGCUAUUGGACACCCCUGUCCCUCUCAGCUGCUUUCUCAGUGUCCCUGAAUUCAGUUGUGGAGUCAUGGGAAGAAUCUUGCAGUUCAGACACACUGUAUCUUGAGGGGCUUGCUGUCUCAGGGAUAGAGACAAUAUUUUGCUAGAAACACCGAAGUUACAAUGUGAAAUGCUUUUCUAGAAACACGGUUUGCGCAAAGGGUACGGAGAGUCCUUUUUUCCCAGAAGGAUCGCACUUCAUUGCCUUGGUGUAUAUAAUCCAUUGAGGUUUUUUAACUGUUGUUCUAGUGGAUUGGCCCUACUCUAGAAAAUUCAGAACUUAUGCCAUUGAGCCAAGCCCCGAAUGUAUAUUGAUUGCGUGUGGGCACUGGCUUGUACUUAUGCUAAAGAACACUGCUUAGAAGCACAUUUCUGGUUACACAGGAGAAUGCUUGUCAUUGGCUCUCCAUCUCUCUCUCUCUCUUUUUGGAUUGCUAGAGACGAAAGGGGAAAAUUCAUCCUCUCUGCUUAAGUCAUGUAUGAUAUCCUGGACGUUUACGAAUUGUAAACCCACAGGAAAGAGUUACGAUCUUUAUGUGGGCACUUUGGUUUCACUGUCACUGUGAAGGACACAAGCAGUUAUAAAGAGCAGGCUAUCUUUGAAUGAUAGUCUUUAAGAAAUUCAGGACAAUGACAUGGUGUUGCAUCGCUAGUAGUUAGUUUUGGCGUAGUUGGUUUUUUUUAAAACUCUAUUUCGAACAACUUUUUUUUCAAAUUUACAUUAAACUUCAUUUAAAUAUUUGAAGGUUUUUUUGUGUUUUGACAAGUCACUUUGGUAGUGUAGUCUUCAUAUCUUACAUUCGUAAAGUGAAUUAAGUGGCAUCUGUACUGAUGCAGAAAUUCAGUUAAAGAGUAAAUGGAAAGAAAACCUUACAGUUUCUAAAUGGAAGUUAACCUUUAAUGACCACCAGUCACCCACAGAUGGAACUGAGGCAAAGUUGAGGUUAAGCGAUGAGGCAUUUUCUGUCAAAAGCUGCGUGUGAUUAAUUUUAUAAAGUUCUGCUAGUGGAGACAAUUCAUAAGUCUUGGCUGAAAGUACAAAGUUUAUAUUUUGUAGAGACUAUCACAAAGGAAAUUUUAUCAAAACCCAUCACUGUAAAUUGAAAAGGACCAAAUAACUUGCUUAAAUUUUUGGUGAAGAAAAAAAUCAGGAGUGUCAGCUGAUUUUUUAAGAAUUACUUUAUUUUAGUAUUUAAAAAGUAGAGUUUUUCAUUAGCAAAGUUCUUUGCUUUCUAUAUUUGCCAUUAAAAGCAUUCCUUCAGAAGUUUUAGGACACUGAAAUGGGCAUCAGGCCAAAUUUUACACCCCCCCCCUUUCUUUUAAUAGGUAUUUUCUUAUGUGUGAGGUCCCACACUAUUAAACUAUGUCAGGAAAAGGAAGACUGCUCAGUCACAUCAGGCAGAGAAGUCAAAUGUAUGUGCAUAAAUUCAAGUUGGUUAAAACUUCAGUCAAACUACCUUUCAAGAUAUUUUUGUGGUUCUUAUUUUGAUUACGUGCCUUUUGUUAUCACUUCAUCCAUUUUAUUUUGGUUUGUGUAUAUAUACCUACUCCAUAUAAGACUUUUUAAAGAGUUCAAAUUUAUCCCUCUAAAAGAGAACUGUUUUUUCUUAUGUGCUGAUGUGGCACUUCUAUAACUUCUCAAAAAUUACCCUUUUAGUGCAGCGUUUCAGUUGUGGGAGCUUGUUUUGUUGUUUUUCAGGCAAGUACCGUUCAAUAUCUGUCUUACAAAAUGAAUCAUCACCAAUAUCUCCAAACCAGCUGUAAUAACGGGCUUUGCCAGUGCUGCAUAUUGUGGUUAUUGUUAACAUUUCUAGAUAUGUCUCACACUGCGUCAGGGUGCAUUAAGGUCAUCGCAAAACUUUAGACACUGAAGUUCAGUACACUUAAAAGUACUGUGGCAGAAAUAAAAUUAGAAGUGUCUGGGAUAUGGGUUGAGAGAACAGUUUGCUGGCUUUCUGAUUAUACAUGCUAAGUACUUCACAAAGUGCAAAACAUUCUUAAAUUUUCUGAAACCUGUGUCAAAUAUUUAGACUUGAAUCUCUUUAUCCUGAAUUUACUCUGCUGUGUCUUGUUUUGGUACAAGAACAUUUGGUACUUGCCAUGAGGCCCUAGAUUUAGAUUUCUGCAGUGUUUUAGUGCAACUGCAGCAUUAUAAAAGAAGGUCAAAAAACAGAACGCUACAGUUUUUCCCUGUGCAUGUGCACAUGCAUGCACAUAAAUGUAAUUCUUAGGUGAGGAAGUGUGGGUGCUGUAUUUUGAUGUAUAUAUACACCUUUAAGUAGGGAUAAAUGAAUUAUUCCUUUAUACAAUUUUUACCGCAUCACAAUAUGCUGCCAUUUUGCAACUCAUUUUUGUUGAGCUUCAUAAUUUUAAGAAAACAAAAUGUUGGGAUUUCUAACUCCAGCUUGAUUAUCCUUUUCAGGGGUUUAUUGUGAGCAGCUUUUUGGUUGAACGAUGAGCCAUUUUUUUCAUCCCGCAGGCAGCAAAGUGAUGAAGUAAAAAUACCUAUUAAAAUGAAUGCUGCAAGAUGAAAGUUUAAAUUGCUGUAUUAUCCUUCUAGUUUUCACUUGGAGACUUUGUAUGUCACUGUCCAUUUUAAACGCAGAUUUCUGUGGGCACCCUUUCUGAUUGGAGUUUGGGAAAGAUUUUUUUAACAGCAUACUUCAUUCUGUAAUGCUCAACAUCACGUUGCAGCCAGUAAGCGUUAGAUCUAGUAUUUGUAGUUUGCAAGAGUGUUGGUCUUAAAUACAACGUUUCCAACAUACUUCUGCUAGCUUUAACAUAAUUAAAAUUAUCUGGUUUAACAUCAAAAUAGUGAGGAAAAAAAAUUGCUUUCUGACAAAGUAUUUAUUUGCACUACUUAUGAAUACUGGAGUUUACUGGGACAGAGUUUUUUCUCACCAUGUGAGGUUUACUUGUGUGUGGGUAGGUACAUACAUUUGUCACGUGUUGACAAUCAAUUGCCUCAACUGUGUGUGUACUGUAUGUAAAUAUGAACAUAUUUUUCGAGAUUAAAGGGGGAAACCUGCAUCUUAAUGGUGGUAAAACUACUCUGUAGUAAGGUGACCCCAACUCUUAACUGUUUUUUGUCUCCAGAUAACUAUGUGGUUUGUUUUACUUCUUUAAUGAAGAUUAUUGGUGUUCUGGAAAAUUUUAGCUCCAUGGAAAUUUUCCUUAAUAUUUAAUGUAUAACAUGUUCAGAGAGUUAUAUUUUGAAAAAAAAAAUAAUUUUUGAAUAGAUAAUUCUAUGCUAUGGCUGUAUUUUAACCUAAGAGUUUAAACUUGCCCUAUUUUGCCAUGAACCAGUGGCUCGCUCUUUUUAGUGUUCAGCAUUUUAACUUCAGUCGCAAACCAGAAAUUUUUAUUUAUCUUGGCUUAAAAAUUUAAAUUUAUUUGAAGACUAAGUGAGAUCCAAGAAUAACUUUGAGUAAAAUCAUAAAAACCAAGCAGUACAGACUAGGUACUGUACUAAUUAUCCUGGAGGAGGUGUGGAAAAAGUAAUGGAAUGUGUUUGAAUGAGAUGUAUGUACUGCACACAAAACAAAAAGAUGUUUCUGAUAUUAGUUAAUUUAAUAAUCUCAUCCUUAAAUUCUGCAAUUUGCUCAUUGCCAAAGAUGCUGCUACCUUGGCAUGUUUAAUAUAGCAUUAAAGCCAUUAACUAGGUCUCGUUUGUAACAAACAUUUACAUCAUAGGAAUAGUUUGCAUCAGAAGAGUAAUCAUGCCCCUUUUUUACUUUAUUUAAAUUUCUCUGUUAGGAUACUUGCAGGACUAAUUGCAAAAGAUCACUUCUUUCUAAGCAUAGUAAGCAAAGAAGCUAGAUCCUCUGUGCUUGCUUUGCAAUCUUGGUUUAUAUAGAAUUAUUCAAUAUUUUAGAUUUCCUUCAAUAUUUUAAAUGCUAUUUGUUUCUAACAUAUCAGCCUUAAUCUCUCUUAUUUAUUUUUUAGGUUUUUUUUUUUCCUGCAGCACGUGGAUAAAAUUUGCUGUGGAAAGCUUUUCUGUAGGUCAUUCAGGGUCAACAGAUCCUGACAUGAGUGUUGAGUUAGUGAAUAACACGUAUCAGUCUACCAGAAUGUGCAUUUCAUGACCAGCUGAAGAGCCAAAAUACUCACUUGCCUCUUACACAGUAGUGGAUGAUGAUGGAGAGCUGUGAGCAACUAGAUUUGUCAGUAGUUCCUGGAAACAACUAUUGAGUGGAUUUUGCAAGACUGAUAUGUAUGAGGAUUUCCACAUAGUCAUUAGGAGAUUUUAUUUAAGAUAAAACAAACUUGGAAUGAGAUUUCAAAACAUAACAGCUAGCCAUAACAGCUAUGCCUAUUAAGUUUGGCAAGUGUCAAGGCCUGUGACAUUAAAAGUUCAGAAGCAAGCUGUGGAAGUCUAAGGGUACAUUACAGCUUCCAGAAAUGGAGGUAGUAAAAAUCUGUCCCAUGUUGUUUGCCUGUACUUGAGAGUUAAUGAAAAAAAAAAUACAGUUUUUGCUUCCAUUCUUUUAUUUAUUUUUCUCUAGGCUAC